AGUGUGAGAGACAGAGGCCACCUUUAUUGAUAAAGGAUAAAGCAUAUUUUUUUGUAUUUUGUUCUGAGGCCAAAGAUCUUUCAGAUUUUCCGGUUCAGCAUGGAGGACAGCAGUGGAGUUGCCAUCUUGGUCCCCCACUCUAGAGGCCAACAGGAGUCUGUCUUCAUCCCUGAAAGGGUGGAAACGCCCCCAGGUACCCUGAUGGAGCCUAGGGAUGAUGACCAGGGGCAGCAGCAGAAACAGGCUGCAGACUCCCUCAUCGAGGUGAUCGAGAAGCUCAGCAAGAUCGUGGAGAAGCGCCCGCGUCGAUUCACCCUGGCUGGGAAGAAGAGAGCCCUCAUGUCCUGUGCCUCCGUCAGAGUCCCAGAGAUCAGGGAGGGCAGUGGUGGGUCCUCCUCCUGCAAGAGAGCCCGGGAGUUGGAGGAAGAGGUGAAAGAUCAGAAAAUCCAGCCAGACAACAGUGCACCCGCUGGCAGCAGUAGGACCAUCACCUGUUACCAGUGCAGCCUGUGUCGGUUCCUGUCCCCGACCUUGAGCCUGCUGAAGGAGCACCUGCGGCAGCACGAUGAGCAGCACAGUGACCUCAUCCUCAUGUGUUCUGAGUGUCGCUUCACCUCCAGCCACCAAGAGGAGCUAGAGGCCCAUGUCAGGCUCCACUUUGACUGCAGCAACUCUAACAAGAACCCUGUAUCCAGCCAGCAGGCCAGCGAGGGAAAUGAGGGGUUAGGGAUGGGGGGUAGUGUGGAGGAGGCUGUGUUCAAAACUGCCAUGGACUGUGCUGAGGAGAUCCCUGCUAAGAAGAAGUGGUACAGCUAUGAGGAGUAUGGGAUAUACCGCUGCCUGAUCUGCAGCUAUGUGUGUGGACAGCAGCGAAUGUUAAAGACCCAUGCAUGGAAGCACGCAGGUCUGGUGGACUGCUCUUACCCUAUCUUUGAGGACGAGGCAGUGGCACCAGCACCUCCUGUAGUUCCUCCUGCAGAAGAAGCCAUAGUAGUCCUCACCCCGGUCCCAGAGAAAUCUCAUAACCUCAACAAGAUGUCCACAUUCCAGAUCGACCUCUGUGCCCCUGUGGCGGAAUGUGGGAAUGAGGCUGUGACAGAACCGAUCACAGAGGAGAGCCCAGUGGAGGGGCCAUAUCCCUCUAAAGACCCUGUCACUGAGGAACCAAUGUUGGAGGUACAGGUGACCACAGAGACUGAGGUGGAACCUAUGCAGGACUGUUGUCAUAUUACCAGUACAACAGACAGCCUCCUGUCGUCAGCCCAGAAGAUCAUCAGCUGCAGCCCCAACAGUGCAGACCAUGUCAAUGUCAUAGUGGAACGACUGCCCUGUGCAGAGGAACCUGUGGCCACCCAGCCCCUCCCCAUCCUUCCCAGCCCAGAGGUGGGCAGAGACAAGAGCCUGCUGGCUGCAGAGGAGGCGGGCCAUGUGGAGACCCAGCCAGUGUUUGUUGACAAGGACGGGCAGCAGGAGGUUUUGAUUGGCUGGAGCAACAGUGAGAGGCAGCAGACCACCACGGACCCUCCACAUGACGAGAACGCUCCCCCAGCCCGCAGGAGGACCCACUCUGAGUCUCUGAGGCUUCACUCCCUGGCCGCUGAAGCCCUGGUGACCAUGCCUAUGAGGACAGCGGAGCACAUCAGGAGCAUCGUGGGUCAGGGCUCCCAGAGCCCUGACACGGGCCAGUGGCUCCUGGAGAUGGCCACGGCUGCAGCAGUAGCAGCUGACAGAGCCCCUGCAGCAGUAGAGGAGCUGACCGGCAUGGGCAGCGUGGGGGCAGCGCUGGUAGACCUGGAGUUGCAGGGGUCCAGAGAGGACGGGCUGGCCGAGGGCCCCGCCAAGGCUGGCAUCAGCCUGUCCCUGCUGACGGUCAUAGAGAGGCUAAAGGAGCGCUCGGACCAGAAUGCCACGGACGAGGACAUCCUGAAGGAGCUCCAGGACAACGCCCAGAGCCAGCACGCUGGGGAGGUCAGCGCCUGUGGAGGGGGGGACCCGGGUAACCCUGGUGGGGGUCUGGUGGACUACAUCCCUGGCAGCGAGAGGCCCUACCACUGUCGCCUGUGUCGCUACAGUAGUGGGAACAAGGGCUACAUCAAGCAGCACCUGCGAGUACACCGCCAGAGACAGCCCUACCAGUGUCCCAUCUGUGAACACAUUGCCCUGGACAGCAAAGAUCUAGAGAGCCACAUGAUCAACCACUGCAAGACCAGGAUGUACCACUGCAAGGAGUGUACUGAGGCCUUUUAUUACAAAAGUCAGCUGAGGAACCACGAGACAGACCAGCACGGUUUGGGCGACACCGGCGCAAUACUAACCCCUGUCACUGAAACCACGGCCACCGCGGAGGGAUCUGUAAAGAUGACAGACGAUGACUCCAUCAGUUCGCAGAAGGUGUACAAAUGUGACGUGUGUGAUUACACCAGCUCCACUUACGUUGGAGUUCGCAACCACCGGAGGAUCCAUAACUCUGACAAGCCUUACAGGUGCUGCAGCUGUGACUUUGCCACGACCAACAUGAACAGCCUGAAGAGCCACAUGAGGAGACAUCCCCAGGAGCACCAGGCUGUCCAGCUACUGGAGCAGUACAGGUGUUCACUGUGUGGCUAUGUGUGCAGUCACCCUCCGUCCCUCAAGUCUCACAUGUGGAAGCACGCUGGCGAUCAGAACUACAACUACGAGCAGGUGAACAAAGCCAUCAACGAGGCCAUCUCCCAGAGCGGCCGUUCCCCCAGUGCCCCGCAGAAGGUUCCAGCAGUGGGGGAGGCAGUGGCAGAGCAGUCAGGUGUGGUGCAGGGUGGGAAGGAGGACCCAGCCCCUCUAGCAGGAAUCCCUGUGGACAGUGUGGGAGCUGGCUCAGGGGCAUCAACAGAGCUCAUCCAGUGGUCCUCCAGAGAGCCUGCCCCCCAGAGUGAAACCCCCCAGCACAGCCCCCUCGGGAUGGAGGGGGUCCAGUCCCGGGCCGGCAUGGAGUAUUGUGUGCUGCUGUUCUGCUGCUGUAUCUGUGGCUUUGAGUCUACCAGCAAGGAGAGACUGAUGGAGCACAUGAAGGAACAUGAGGGAGACAUCAUCAGCAUCAUCCUGAACAAGGAGCAGCAGCAGGGAGCAGCCCAACCAGCAGAGGGCAGCACAGCACAGUGAGACAGCAUUUAACCCCGUACCCCUCCCCUUACCCCAACAGAGAGCCAGGAACCUACCCCCUCACUCAGAGUAACUUAAGUCUGACUUAACAGGGAAGUACUGUACCUUGCAUCUUGUUUUCUGGUUCUUAAUUCCAUGUACUUAACAGAAGGUUACAAAAAGUGUCUCUGUUGGAGCUCAGACGUAUAGAAAAUUGGAAAAUUCCAAUUUCAAGGAUUUGCAGUAAAAUGUUAUACCUGAACAAGUUCAGACACGUUUAAUACCUCAGCAAACAGACAUUUCCGUAUUUACAAAUGGAGCUCAGUCCAUUUUACUCAGCAAACAUAUAUUGACCACAUGGCAGCUUUUCUAUUCAAAUAUUUUAAUAUAAUUUAAUAUAUUUAAUCCUUCACAUUUAUAGUUUAUCUGUGGCACCUGCACUAGGCUGUACAGAGAUGCCAUCUACUUGCAUGUUGUGUUCAUCAUAGCUAUAUUUAUAUUUUAAUAUGGGUUAAUACAACCUGGUCUCAGAGCAUUUCGUAUUAUUCUGUACGGAAAUCUGAGACAAUCGAUAUUGUACAUUUUGCAAAUUCUUAACAGCUGUUAGCCACCUAGCGAGAAUUCGUAACAUAGGAUAUGUUUAGCAAAUUUCAUAACAUAUUGUAUGUUUUGCAAAUUCAUAACAUAUAAUAUGAAUUGUAAUUCGUAACAUAUCAUACAAAAUGAAUGGUGGACUACCACAAAUUAAUACAUACCAUAAGAAACAUAACCUAUCAUACUAAUUUGAGUGUCCUGGAUUUACCUUUUACUAUGUUACGUCUAGCCUAUGAGACCAGGCUGGUUAUUAAUAUGUAUCAAUGUAGGCCUAUGCGUGUUGGUUUCCGUUAUGUCGAAGCGAAGGAGAUGCCUUGUUUUGUUCAAUUCACUGUUUGAUGCUAUUUUGACCUAUUGGACCUCUGGAAAGUUAUGGUAAUGAUGGGUCACUUGAGGGUGGUUUCCUAAAGCUGUAGGAUAGAUAGGCUGGCACAAGUUGUUGUUUUACCAAUAUUCACUACAGCAUCAAGGGCUCUUGAGGCAGAAAUAUGUUUGGGCGGAAUCUUUACGCUACGAUCAGUCUAUUAUGGUGCAUAUUAGUGGUUGCGCUAGACCCAGGUGUAAUGGUGGUGAGAUGGUAAAUGUACAUCCAUUGAACUUUGAUUGCAGGCAACACCCAACUGUGUUUAGCUUUGGCUACUUAUAGUUACUUUAGUGAAAGUAUUACUGUUCUGAUUACGAUAAUCUUUUCUGGAUUCAUGUUUUAGUUAAAUAAUUGCCAAGUUUAUCACUUGAAUAUGUUAAGCAAUUUCCAAAGUUUCUCCAUAUAGGCCUAGCACUUGUAGAUAAUGGAUAGAUGGAGUGAUUGACAUCCUAGCACAGAGCAGUGUGCUAGUAUACUAAACCUUUGUGAGAACAAAUGAAUAGCAGUUUC